CUCAAUCUACUGAUUAAGAAACAACAACCACCCUUCCCCAAAACUUCAAAUCCCUCACCAACUGCACACUCACCAAGUUCACAACCAAGCAUUUCCCCAACCAUGCCCAUCUACGACAUCCAACACAUAACCCCCCUCACACCCGAACAACAAGACGACCUCGCCGAAUCCAUAACCCAAAUCCACAGCACCAAAUUCACAACCCCUCGCAUGUUCGUCCAAGUAAAAUACACCGACAUAUCCUCCACAACAACCUACAUCGGGGGAAAACGUCGUCAAGGCAACCACAUCGUCGCCAACGUGCGCGUAGGUCCCUCACGCACACAGGCCGAUUGGGAUGAUCUGUGUCGGCAGGUAUUAGAUGCGUGGAAUCAUGCCAUCGCCGUACCGGGCGCGAAGGGGGAUUUGACGUUGAGGUCUUGUAUUAUAUUGGGGGGGAUGACGGCGGGGUAUGAAGCGGGAUUCUUGUUGCCGCAGGCGGGAGGUGAUGUGGAGUGGUUGAGGGAACAUAUGGAGGAGUUUGAGAUGAAGGCGAAAGCUGGGGAUGAGGAGUUUCGGGAGCUUGUUGAGGAGGUUAAGGAGAGGGGGCUUUUGGAUGGGGUUCAUGGGAAGAGUAGUAAGCAGAGAUUGGAGGAGAUGUUGGGGUGGGGAGAUUCUGCGUAGAAGUGGUGUUGUUGUUAUGAGUACACGGUAUCAUCAUCAUAUCUUG